UUGGGUUUUACUAGGAUUAGGGAAGUGAAUUAUGCUGUUGGGCAUAUAUAUAGUACUCCCAAACCGCAGUCAAUACACAAACGACCUAACUGAAGGAGUCGAUAUGAAGCUGUCAUCCGCCGUCAAAGCUCUGGGUUCACUGUGUCUGCUGCUUGUAGAUGGAUUUCCAGUUUCUCAGGAUGAACCUCCAAAGAUCAUUGGGCCACGUCAUGUCAAAAUAAAAGCUCAUCCUGGUGAGAAGCUGUUUCUUCACUGUGAAGCGUUUGCCAAUUGUACAGAUGUGACACUCAUCUACUGGCUCGUCAAUGGCUCGUUCCCUGAAGACCUGCUCAGCAGUGGCAGAAUAGUAGAAUCAGAGGAAUCGUCUUUAGAGGAUGGUACGAUCCUCCAGAGGAGUUUACUGUUGAGGAACGUCACGUCAGAAGACCUCAAAUCCACCUUCACCUGUGUCGUGACGAACGACGCCGGAACGUCCCGAAAGCGUAUCGUUUUAAAAGUUAGUAAAAAUUGUAACGUAGGGAGGAAGAGAAAACACUGAAUGUCACUACAGUUUAAAGUGGUUUUCUGUGAGCCAUGUUUUACUUGAGAACAAUUUCAUAUUUCAGCUUCCACUUGUCUGUCAUUUAACUAUUCUGUUUUAUACUGUUGGGUAGGAAAAAUGCCAAAUAAAGCUUGGAUGAAGAAAUGUACAAUGUUUAGGGUGCAUUCAGUUCCACAGUAACUUACUUUGAUGGUUUUGAAUAGUGUUAAAAUGUCAGAGUGAAACUAGAAUAUACUUCCAUUCUUCUCGCAGCUUUUUGAGGAUCAUCCUCAUAUUGAAACAUUGUAUGUGGAACUGACUUCACCCUAAAUAAGUGUCAUUUACACAACGUUACCUCACAAAGAUACAAUCUACUGACUCCAGAUUAUUUUAAAUAUUUAAACACUUCUAUAUUUCUUAUCCAUGUUUGUGUAACAUUUCAGUAUUUGUUUUUGUUUGUUUGCAAUAAGCCAGUUUAAAUGUGCAUACUUUGAAACCAUAUCAAAAUACUUUCCAUAAAGUUGAAAAUAAAUAAAUUCACUCACAAACUCAA